UUAUGCUCAUAAACAAAGAACUAUCGUGGUCGUACCUCUUUAUCUGUUCGUUAUUCGUUAAAAAAAUUUGUAUUUGAUACAUACAUAUUAGCAAGUCACACUCCAAAUUAGUUAUAGUGCAGUACACACGUGAAACUUUGAUGCGUUAUUUAUUAUUUAUUGAUCCCGUAUAAAGAAAGUAAUAAAUUUAUCAAAAUGAGCGACGCUGAAGUUGUUCAAGUCACCAGCCUGUUGGAGCGAACAAUCUCUACAGAUAAAGACGAACUUAAUCAAAUUCAAAAAUUUUUAGAACAUGCUGCCCAAACAAAUCUUCUUGGUUUCCUAAAAACGUUGUCAAAUGUUCUUUUAUUUUCAGUUAACAAUCCAGUUGCUCGAAUUGCUGCUGGUCUUCAAAUAAAAAAUCAUAUUACAUCUAAGGAUGAAGCUGUUAAAGAGCAAAUGAAACAACGUUGGUUAUCAUUUCCUGAGCAAGAUCGUGUUUUUAUAAAAGAAAACAUAUUUAAGGCACUUGGUACUGAGAGUCGUCCUAGUUCAGCAGCUCAAUGUGUUGCCAGUGUUGCUAUUAUUGAGCUACCACUUAACUUAUGGCCUGGCCUAAUUGCUUCACUUGCUUCAAAUGUAACUGAUCCUAAUUCUUCUGAUCUAUUAAGAGAAGCUUCUUUGGAAACUAUUGGAUAUAUUUGUGCAGAUACUGAUAGAGAAGUUUUAAAAUCUGAAUCAAAUACAGUGUUAACUGCUAUUGUUCAUGGUAUGACCCAAAAUAAUAUUAAUGUAUGUUUUGCAGCAGCCACAGCUUUAUACAAUUCAUUAGAGUUUACUAAAGGAAAUUUUGAUAAGAAAAAUGAGCGCGAUUAUAUCAUGGAAGUUGUCUGCAAAGCUACACAAUCUCCUGAAACUCAAAUAAAAGUUGCAGCUCUCCAAUGUCUUGUUAAAAUUGUUUCACUUUAUUAUGAACAUAUGGAACUUUACAUGUCUACCUUGUUUCCAAUAACUUUGGAAGCAAUCAAAUCUGAUUUAGAUGAAGUCGCUCUCCAAGGAAUUGAAUUUUGGUCAAGUGUUGCAGAAGAAGAAGCUGACCUUAUGUAUGAAGGGCAAUGUCAAGAUUCUACUCCUGAAAAAAAACUCAUGAUGUACUCAGAAGGAGCAUUAGAAUUUAUCACUCCUGUCCUUAUGGAAAAGCUUACUAAACAAGAAGAAGGUGACGAUGAUGAUGACUGGAACCCGUGCAAAUCAGCUGGUGUUUGUGUUAUGUUAUUAGCAACUUGUUGUCAAAGCAAUAUUGUACCUCAUGUAAUUCCAUUUAUCAAUGCCAAUAUUGGUAGUCCUGAUUGGCGUUAUAGAGAUGCUUCAGUUAUGACUCUUGGAUCAAUACUAAGUGGUUUAGAUCACAAUGCAUUAGUUGAACUAUUGGAACCAAAUAUUCCGAUCCUUGUACAUUUGAUGUAUGAUACUAGUGUUGCUGUUCAAGAUACUUGCGCGUGGACAUUUGGUCGUAUAUUUGAAUUUGUACCCGAGCUAAUUAUUAAUUCUCCUUGCUUAAGUGAUAUACUUAGUGUAUUUAUUAAAGGUCUUAAAUCUGAACCUCGUGUAGCUACUAACAUCUGUUGGGCAUUCAGUAGUUUAGCUCAAACCACAGGAGAGGAAAUGACAUUUUUAACCCCAUACUUUGAAUAUGUUGUACAAGGUUUGUUAGAAACGACAGAAAGAGGUGAUGGAAUGCGUUCAAAUUUAAGAUCUGCAGCUUAUGAAGCAUUGAUGGAUAUGAUUAAGUUCUCACCAGCUGGCUGUUAUGAGACUGUUAAACGUACAACACUUAUUAUUUUAGGUAGAUUAAAUCAAAUAAUUAAUUUACAAACGGUAAAUGAAGAUUGUUUGGAUAUGCAAGGACUUCUAUGUGCAACAUUGCAAAGCGUUGUACGAAAAAUGAGUAGUGAUGAUGUAGAAAAAGUUGCUGAUACUAUCAUGAAUGCACUUUUGGUUAUGUUAAGUACAAGUAAAGAUAGUGGUCUUCAGGAGGAUGCUCUUAUGGCUAUAAGUCCAUUAGUUGAAAAUCUUGGCAAAGGGUUUAAUAAAUACAUGGAAUAUUUCAAGACUUAUUUGUUCAUAGGAUUACAAAAUAAUAUGGAAUUUCCUGUUUGUUUAGCAGCCAUUGGUAUUGUUGGGGAUUUAUCUAGAGCAUUACGUGAAGAUUUUGCUCAAUACUGUGAUCAAGUUUUUGCUUUAUUAUUUGAAACUCUAAGAAACAAUACUGUUAACAGAAAUUUAAAACCUCAAAUUUUAUCUACUUUUGGAGACAUUGCCCUUGGUAUUGGUGCAGAAUUUAAAAAAUACUUAGAUCAUGUUCUAAAUGCAUUGGUUCAAGUUGCACAACUUCAAUUAGAUCCUAAUGAUGUAGAUAUUAUAGAUUAUCUCAAUGAUCUUAGGGAAGGUGUUCUAGCUGCAUACAUUGGUAUUGUCCAAGGAUUGAAAGGUGAAGACCUUACACCAAACCAAGAUGUAUAUUUACUUGAAGCUCAUCUCCCUUUCAUGGUUCAAUACAUGAUAUCUAUUUGUUCCGAUCCCAAUGCAAAUCCAGGAAUUUUAAAAAGUUGUUGUGGUCUUGUUGGAGAUUUAUGUACUGCUUUUGGAGCAAAGGCAUGUCCAGUUUUAGAUAAUGGAGAAGUACAUAAUUUGUUACAUAAAGGACGUCAAUCAACAGACACAACUGCAAAGAACUUAGCACGCUGGUCUGCUAAAGAGCUACAAAAAAUUAAGACUCUUGUAGUGUAAAUAUGUCCUAUUUUAAACACUAGACUAGAUUGUUUGUCUUCUGGUAUGAUUGUCUGUAUUUAUAAUUUGUUUUUUCUUUUUUGUAUAAGUGGAACCAAUAUGUAUCUGUGAUAAUGUAUAAAUGUUUGGGUAAAUGUGCUACUCUAUAAUUUUUAUUCCUAUUAGCUUAUGGAUUUUUACUUAUAUUAGUUUACUAUCUCUGAGCUCAUUUACUCAGCUCGUAUGACUGAAUGUUGAUCAAAAUAUUAUUUUUUAAUCGAAUAUUUAAUUUGUACAUAUAAAUUAAUAAGAAGUAAGGUGCCUAGUUUUAUUUUAGAAUGUCUCUUAUUUUCCAAAUGCCUAUAUUUUUGUUUGUAUGGCCACUUAGUAUAAAUGUAAAUCUAUUUUAUUUUUAUGUCUGUCUGAAAAAGAAAUAAAAUGUCAAAAUCUUAUUGUAUGAAAGUAUUCAAAACUUAGAUUAUAGAUAAUUAUUUAUUAUACAUUAUUUUUAGAUCAGAAAACAUUUUUUUUUUACACAAAUAUUUUGAAAAAAAUUAUAUUAUCUUAACGAUUGAGUAGAUACUAUUUAUAAUAAAUAAUUUAAUUUUUAUUUGGUUACUAUUUCAUUUUUAUUAUUAUUACAAAGCAAUGGAUUAGUUCAUUGUUGAUGAAUUAAAAAAUACUUGUAAGAACAAUGUAAAUUGUAAUUUCAAUUAUUAAAAAAUUAUUUAACCAA